AUGUCGUCGCCAAGUCACGGCUGCAUCACUUUUGUUUCCUCAUUUGCAACCUCGUCGUCGUCAAGUCGCGAUCACGUCGCCGUUCCGUCUGCAAACUCGCCGUCCCAGCUGCCUGGUCGCUGUUGUUUCUCCCGUCGCGACCAUCUUCUCGUCAGAUUCUUGUCUACGUUGCCACCGUCUUCCCGUCUGCGUGAUGGGUGGUGA